UUUGCAUGAUUAUUUAUACACACCUGGGAUUCAUCUCUUCUGCAUGUUUAGUAGGGCUGAAGUUUUCACAGAGGGAGUAAAUAUGUCGGACACCCAAAUAGCAAAGCUGUUGAAGCUGGUGAAGGACCUCAGAAACCAGAUCGACAGACAACAGGGAAUAUCAUCGCCAAGCAAGCUGGUGAAGGACCUUGGAAACCAGAUCGACGGACAACAGGGAACAUCAUCGCCAAAUAAUAGGUUGAAAGCAGACAGCUUCAAUGAAAAUCCCCAGGCGCGGAUUGAAUUACAAAAUAAAUUAGGGUACAGAUUUAAGGACGAAGGGUUGCUGAAAAGGGCGGUUAAUCUUUUCUCAGAGAACUGGGAGAAUGACCAUGGUAUUUUUAAAAUGCUUGGAAAGAUCAUAAUUCAGACUUGCGAGUCUUACCGUUUGGUGAAGGAGAAUCCAAAAAUCUCAAAGGGCGAUGUACAGACAAGUUUGAAUAAAUUCUUUGGGGGCAGAGAGUAUGCGAAAGGAGCGCGUGGGUUGGGAUUGGAGGCGUUUGUGCGGAGCCCAUCUGGCAAUUGCCGCUGCCGCAGCAAGAAAAGUGUUAAUGAGAUUGAUUGCAUGUAUGCUGCCUUGGUUGGAGCAGUUGCAGUGGACAGCUCCAUAGAACAGGCAUCAUCCAUGUUUUUAGCCCUCAGCAGAUGAUAACUCUUCAAACUAGAAUUUUUGUUCUCUUACUAUUUGGAAAUGUUAAAAAAAAAGGGUGUCUACACUUUCUUGCUUUUCUGCCUUGUUAGAUUUCUAUUUUUGGCCGAUAGCUGUAGUAGUGGGAGUAUUGGUGUAGAAGAUUCCUCACUCCGAGUAUGGUAAGACAUUGCAGGAUGACAUAUUUUCUGUGUUUUUUCCUUGUCUGGUUUGAGAAUAUCUCCAAAAGUUGUUUUUACAGAACUCUACGCUUGAAGCAAGGAUCCUCUUCAAGCUUAGUUGUUAUGGUCCAGAAGGAAGUGGACCAUAGAUGUUGUACUUCAUGGUGCUCUGACAACUAAUCAACUUUUUUGGUUUGCUCUUGAAAGAGUGGAAGUAUUGUUUUGGCUUUCUUC